AUGCCUGAGCAGGACAAAAGCGCGUCAGAGACGCGCGACAUUCCAGCGUUUUUAAGGCAUGAUUCCGUUCAACCACUGAGUGUACCGUCUAAAGAGUUACGGAACUCUGCAGGCUCACAUGAUAGUAACCGCUCGGCCUUGGCUCGCCAGGGUUCCAUGUCCAGACUGCACGGCCCUCGCGAGGCUGGUUCUCCAUCAAGAACCAGGAAAUCCGUCACUUUUGACUACCAGGACGAGGUAAUUCAAUACGAUGUACAGACUCCUGAGCCGCGGUAUACUCCCGACCCCGACUACUCUCAAUUUGACGUACAUUCCCACCCUCUGCCUUCUCUCCCCACAGAGUUUGGCGAUUUUGGAGUCGAUAACACGAUUAAUAUGGGCCACUUUACGGAAGAGAUAGAAGAAGAGUUUGAGGCCGAGAGUUCUGAAAGCCCCCCUAAUGUUACUUUGGGCUGGGACGACGAAAUUCCCCCUCCAGCGUCCCCCAAUCCUUUGAUGGCUGAGCUUGACCAAAGCCGCCCUAAACUCUCUAAAAGAGUCGAGGCUGUUAUGGAGGAGGCUCCUGAGCUCUCUAAAAAGCCAUUCGUUCGAACACACCGUGCCAAUGCUUCCUGGGGCUCGCAGACUCUACGCGAAGGCCUUCACGCUGUUCCUCUAUCUCCUCUGGUUGAUACGAGCGCAGAGGAGGAAAGCGAUGAUGAAAGCCAUCAUUUAGAACGGCUACCUUCACUUAUUCGCCAGGAGUCACUUUUGGAGAGCCAAAGAAGGCCUCAUACUGUGCGGAUGUCUGAAAAACGCAUCCCUCCCCCCACAGAUGUCCAGCGAACUUACUCUCAACGUCGUAAGACUCUUGUUAAGAUGCUUGAUGCCAAUAAACCUCAGGUCCCAGAUGCUAUUGAAGAGGAGGAAGACGAAGUUAACCCCGUGCCGCUUUCUACGUCGACCCGGGAUCUAUUUCAUCACGAGUCAGUGGUUGUGGGUGUUGAUCCUGGAAGUCCUCAGCGAGAGAGUCCCCAAGAGCUUCUUGCUUCAAUGUCCCCUAUCCGUGAUUCGAUUCAGAUUCCGGAUUUGAGCCACACGGACGCGGACUACUUCGGUAUGCCACAAGAUAGCCCCAAGAUUGCUGAAAACGAGGCACAAGAUAGCCACAAAGAUGUUCCUCGUAAACAUGUUCUUGACAAUAUUCACCAAGAGGUGUAUGGAACCGCUGAGAAGGCUGUUUUGGAAAAAACUUUACCUCAGAUUGUUGAGAAGGAGUCCCAAGAAACCGAUGGGGUCAUUCCUCAAGGUUCCCGAGUGGUAUCACAAGGAAAACCACACCAAAAACUGUCUUUGGAGACCAUUCAAGAAAUGCAGGAGAUCAACCAAGACGUUCAAAUUGAGAAUUUGGCAGACGAGAAUAGUACCGAGACCAAGGAAGAAGUAAACUUGGCUCACGCGAAAGACGCCAUGACAAAGACAGUUCAAGAAGCUCACGUUUCAGCUGAAUCUGUUCCAAAGUCUGCUGAGGAAGUAGAAAAUCCAUCUGCAGCCACCAAAACCAAAAAGCCUCGAAAUCGCAAGCGGUCUAAAGCCAAGGGUCGAAAAGGUGACACUGUUGAAGACAAAGAGAUUGCAAAGUCGACCGAAGCUGUCGAACCUAAUUUGGAAGAGAUCAGCAAUGAAACUACAGCAUUGCCCGUCGCAGAGCCCAACAAAGUGUUGAGUACGAAUAAAGCGGCCGUGAACGAGCUUGUAAGUUCAUCACACCCAGUGCCUGAAUCUGAUGUACCCCAGAUCGAUUCAAUGUCAAAGACAAUCGUUGAACACCACAAUGACCCCACAAUUUUGAGACGGCCGUUACCCGUCAUUGACGCUAUUAUAGCCGAUGAGCCUACAGUGGAGCACCCUGAAUCACCCGCUAUUCCAAUGCAAGAAAUGACGUCACCUGAGGUAAAACUCGAAAGCUAUAAUGGUACACCAAUCAUUCCGGAGACUACUGAGGCUUUCCGUGCAAAUUCUGUGGCUCGAAGACUCGCUGCAAUCGAGGAAGUGGAGACUCCAGAGAUUGCUGGCGAUGAAGCCUUAAGCACCUUGGUGCAGGAUGUCGAGCCAGCAACCGUGCAGCACAAACCCAUUGAUGCUGAGACUACAGAACCUCAAGCUCUGGAAUCUGAGAUUGUGCAGCCUGGAAUCUUGGUGGCUGAGCCUGUGUUCGGCAAUACGCCAGUCUACCCAGAGGAAGAAGAGCUGAAUAUGCCUCAACUAGAAGCAGCAAAGGAGAGUGUGCUUGAAAACGGGGAACCUGUCGACAAGGGCUCGACCUCUUUCAAAGAGUCGGAUCUGCCUGUAGUUGAGAAAGCCACAGAAGCUCCAAAUGAAGCUGCACGCUUACAGUUUGCGCCAGUUGAUUUAGGUGAUACACCUGAUCUUGGUGCUAUAAGUUCUUCUCCCUUUGAGCUCACAAUGCCCGGGACCCCUACAUUCAAUACGGUGUCACCGUCACAGGCUGAAAUUGAGCGAAGGGAGUAUCUGGUGCGACAAGCAGAGAUUGUGCGUCUCGCCAAUGAAAGAGCACAGCCACAAGUUGUGGCUGUUGACGAGUCUGUUGAUGAAGUUGAACAGGGAUCACCCUCUAGUGUUGUCGAGAAACAACAGACAGACAGUCCUGUGAUCUCCCUUCCGCACCUUGAUAGUGAUCUGUCCGAGAGUGAGAUGAGUUCUCCUGAGAUUAGCCAGCUGCGGCCAGCUGCUGACAUCCCUGAGCCUGUUACCGUGAUAAGCCCUGUGAUGGCCAAUUCCGAGUUUUCGCGGGCCCCUCCUAUUUCGACGUCCACACUUAGCGUUGAAACGGGAGACAGCUUGCAGAACAUGAGUAGCGAGCUCGAACAGCUUCUUACUCCUCGUCGUGGAUACACUGUACGUGAAAGCCCCACGUAUGUGAUGGCCAGCUCUCCGGCUAGACAACGGUCCACGCCCGUUCGUCGCAACGGAGCUCUCGAAAUUGGCGCCGGUCCCCAUAUUCCUCAAGCGGCUAGCUGUGGCCAGAUCAGUCACGCUAGCCCUCGACGGAUGCCUCAAUCUGCAUCUGCAUCACCAGUGCGGGUUCCUGAGCACAGCCGCCGAUCUCGCCCCGUGUGGAUGGCAACCGCGCCCCCUCUACAAGAGGAGCCUGAGGUUACUGUGCCGGAACCUGUGGCCAUAAAGUCUCCUGCACUUCCAGCAGAGGCAUUAGCAGCGUUCUCAUCAAAUUCAUCGAUGGGGCCGAUCGACGGUGAUACGCCACCUUUGCGUGAGCUGACACCACCUCUGGCUAAUGCUAGCUCUGAUCCCCAACUUAAAGAGCGCCCGACGUCAGAGAUUCACGUACCACGGGUACGUCCCAGCCGCGAGCUUCUUAAUGAACAGUACAAGCAGCUGCCAGCUCAAGAGAGUGGUUUAGAAACACCGCGACGAGGAUCCGGCUUGUUAUUCAGUUCUCCUGUUGUUCGCAAAACCAAGUCGCCUACCAAGUUUGCUGGUCGUCUUACAACAUCUCUUCACGAGACCGGGCGACUGUUCGUUCGUGUUGAUAGCGUUGUCACCUGGCUUCCAGACAUUGUUUCUCGGACCUGUCAGGUUUGGCUCGAGCUUGAUAAUGGCGAGCACUGCAUUACCACGCCGUGUGCCGACGUUGUUGGAGACGCGGCCCGCUUUGGAAAAGAGUAUGAACUUGUAGUUGGCCCCGAGGAAUCGGUUACCGUCACCACACACAUCAAGUGGCAGCAGAGCGGGCCUACGGGCACUACACUUUUGAGCAAGCUGCGUCGCAAGCAACCCGAAGUAGACUGGCAGCGUUUGGUAGCUGCUGAUGGAGCCUUCGGCCGUUGCACGCUUAAUUUUGCCGAUAUGUCGACUGCAGCCCUCGGCGCACCCACUCCUGUGUCGCUUGAGCUCGCAAACGAAUGGACCGGCGGCAAGGGCGGCAAGAUCGGGCUCACCACUCUGUUUGUCCCCCGCAUGUCUGCCAAAGAAUCGCUGCCGGCCACCAUGGAUGAUGCCGUGACACAGAUUGAAGCAGCGCAACGGGCAGCCAAAGCCCGCAAGACAGGCCUGCUAAUUGUAAACGGUAAACAACGCUGGUGCCUUGUUGAUGACGCCAGUCUUGUCAUUUACUCUGAGGCACGUCGACCGCGUGCCUCUUUCAACUUAAAUAAGGCCACUGCGUGUGACUCGAACGACUCGUUUGUGACCCUGGCGUUCCGGACCGGCGACGUCCUGACGCUUGAAGCAGACUCGACGACUUCUGCACACGAGUGGUCCACCGAGCUGGCGAAAACCAUCGCCUCUCCUUCCCCUCGCAGCCCUUGGCUCAACUUAGUUUUGUAUCGCUAG